GCACUGACAGCAUCAGUGAUAAUUCUUGUUUGUCUGACGAUUCUGAUCAAUUAGAAAAUUACAGUUUGAAAGAUAAGUUAGUAACUUGGGUGAAUAACUUUCAAGUAAAACACAAUGCAGUUGAUGCGCUCCUUAAAUUACUUAAACAGUCUGGCCAUUCUGAAUUGCCAAGCACUGCCAGGGCUUUAUUGGCUACACCAAGGCUUGUUUCUAUUGGCCAUAAGUCUGAGAUGGAGUAUGUUUACUUCCCAUUGGAAAAGGCACUCUUGGAGAAUUUCCAGUCUUAUCCAGACAGUGUUGAUACUUUAGAGAUAGGUUUGAUUCCUUUGUUCAAAAGUUCACAAAGUAGUUUAUGGCCAGUUCUCUGUGGUAUUAUGAACCUUACCCCAGUUAGAAUAUUCCCAAUUGCUUUAACAUAUGGGAAGUCAAAACCUAAGAAUUUAGAUUUUCUUCAUGACACUGUGAGAGAUCUGAAUAUAGUGUUAAAGCAAGGCUUAAGUUGCGGUUCAAAGGUUCUUAAAGUUUCUCUCAG